AUCUCCGGCACUGGAAAGCCACGCCGAGAAGGAUCAAACAAGUCAAGGAGCCCUAAUCCUAUUUUAAGGCAACGUAACCUUAAGCCUCCUCAAACCUUCGAGAAGCACCCAUCAAUCAUGCAUAAAUUCGCAAACUUACCCAAACGUUCGACAUUUGGUUUAGUCAGACGUCAAACCAGUGGGAGUCCCUUCAUCUCUAAUUCCGUCGGGGCUGAAGAUCAUGCCUAUAUCAGCGAUGAUUGACGUACUGUAAAGACUAAAUGAUGAAAUGGGAUGAAACUAGUUUCUCGUCAGUGACUGCGGAGAAUCCUUCCCCGGCCCUAACAUCCAUUCAUAAAUGUAUGGAAUCUUGCUGUUGGGUUUGACCACCUACUGUGAUUGUUGACAAUAUGGCACCUUCUCUAUUUAAUAGGACAAUGCUCCCUUCUUUCCUUUCCGCAAGUCUGCUAUUCGGCGCGGCUUUAAGUUCGCCAUCAGAAAGACUCCAAAGUAGAGAAACAAACCUCGACCCCGCUAUCAACAUCAACUUCCCAGAUCCCGCUGCACUACUAGAUACCGACGGGACCUGGUACGCAUUCGCCACCAACGGCAACGGGAAGAACGUCCAAUCCGCCAGCGCACCAUCCAUCUCCGGUCCAUGGACCGUCCUCUCAAAUGACCUCCUGCCCACCGUCGGUGCCUGGUCGAACGGUGCCAAUGUCUGGGCUCCAGACGUGAGGAUCAUCGGAUCGACCUACGUCCUGUAUUACACAGCAACAGACGCCGCGUCCACGAACCAGCAUUGCGUAGGAACAGCGACAUCAGACACAAUACUGGGGCCGUAUACACCGCAAUCUGACACCAUUGCGUGCAACAUCACAGCCGGCGGUGCAAUCGAUCCCAGCGGCUUCACGGAUACAGACGGUACCCAUUACGUAGUGUACAAAGUCGACGGAAACAGCGUCGGCCACGGAGGAAGCUGUGGCAAUACCGUCGCCCCCAUCGUUCCCACGCCCCUGAUGCUGCAGCAACUCGCCGCCGAUGGCAUCACGCCCGUCGGAUCUCCCAUCGAGCUCCUGGAUCGCGGCGACGCCGACGGUCCCUUGAUCGAAGCCCCGCGGUUGAUUCUCGUGAACGGCGUCUACGUUCUGUUCUUUAGCAGCAAUUGCUACUCCACGACGCUAUACGACAUUAGCUACGCGACCGCGUCGUCGGUCAAGGGCCCGUACACCAAGAGUUCGGCGCCGUUGGCGGUUACGGGGAAUCCGUUUAAUCUGACGGCGCCGGGAGGGUCGACGGCGACGGCGGAUGGGAAGAAUAUGGUGUUUCAUGCGAAUUGUGAGGCGGGGAGGUGUAUGUACGAGACGACGAUUACCGUGUCUGGGACGACGGUGUCGAUUCCUUGAUGUGAGGUGUUGUGGGGAGGGGAGGAGAGGAUUAAUGUAGGUUAUGACUGAUGUGGAAUGAUCAGAGUUCGUGUAUAGUAUGUUAUGUUUGUGAGACAUGUUUUGAGACGUGUCUUGUAU